UUUCCGGCGGAUUGCCAUAACAUGCUGACAUAUUAACUUUGUGAGUCUCUUCUGCUGAGCUGCUACAAUGCCUGACAGUAUAAUUAAUGAUACCUGGAUAUGCCACCAUAACCACAACGUAAGAUCGAGGGGUAUCUUCCUCGGGGAUAGUCCAUUCAAUUUUGCCACGCCUGUACUUUUCGUUCAACUUUCUGUUUCAGCUCUAUUGACUGCCGUAUUGCAGCUAUUACUCACCCCUCUGGGUCAGAGUGCCUUUUUCUCACAGAUGUUGACUGGUAUACUGACUGGACCAACAUUCUGGAAUGGUGACAAUCCUGUCAUUACCACGAUUUAUCCCCGCAAAAGCCAAUAUGUCAAUAAAACCUUUGCCCUUUUUGGGUGCAUGCUGUUUCUGUUUUUAGUUGGAGUGAAGACGGAUUUAAGCAUGGUUAAGAGAACAGGAAAGAAAGCAGUGAUCAUUGGGGUUCUAUCUUUUGUGGUGCCCAUUACGCUAAACACGAUCGUUGCUGCCAUUAUAACGGCAACUAUUGAAAUGGGUCCAGAAGUACGGAAAUCCAUAUUUUUCAUCGCCUCGUUUCAAGCUUUGACUUCCUUUCACGUCGUGGUCUGCCUCCUGGCUGAUCUGAAUCUACUCAACUCAGAGCUGGGCCGGUUAGCCACGUCUUCUUCUUUGGUUAGUGGCACGUGUUCCUGGUGUUGGGCAAUUGUAACCAUGACAUUCAUGCAAGGUCGUGUAGGAAGACAGGAAACCGUGAUAUGGAUGUUCCUGUCUUUGAGCCUCUUGCUGAUCGUCAUAGUGUACGUCUUGCGGCCGGUCAUGCUGUGGAUAGUUAGGCGCACAAGUGACGGAAAAUCUCUGAAAGAGGGUCAUAUCUUGGCUGUCUUCAUGAUGAUUUUAGGGUGUUCAUUCUUUAGCGAAGUUAUCGGGCACCACUUGAUCAUGGGGCCAAUGUUUUUGGGCAUGGCAACGCCAGAGGGACCGCCAUUAGGAUCAGCACUGGUUAGCAAACUUGAUUCUUACGUUUCGUCAAUUCUCCUACCGACCUAUUUCACAGUAUCCGGCUCUAACGUGAACAUCCGAACUGCACAUUGGGAGACUGUGGCUAUCAUCUCGGUUCUGGCUGUUUGUAACUUAAUCGGAAAACUUUUGUCCACUGUCUUGCCUUCACUUUACUGCAAUAUGCCCCCUCUUGAUGCUAUUUCCUUAGGCCUGAUCUUGUGUGCCCAAGGCAUCACCGAUAUAUUGAUUCUACAGCACGCAAUGCGGCUUGCGCUCAUUGACGUAGAAUCAUAUACCAUCAUGUCGAUAACAAUGGUUUUGACGACUGGAAUCAUCACUCCUCUAGUGAAGUUUCUUUACAAGCCAUCCAAGCUAUACCUUUCUCAUAAGAAAAGGACCAUUGAGCACGCACAUCCAGAGACAGAGCUCCGAAUGCUGGCCUGUAUUUACAGUCAAUACCAGACUCCUUCAAUCAUCAAUCUUCUCGAAUUAUCAAACCCAACAGCGAAAAGCCCCAUUUGUUUCUACGUGGUUCACCUCCUGGAGCUCAUCGGCCGAUCAGCUCCACUCCUCAUAACUCACCGGCCAGGGAGAAGGCAUCCGGCUCAAUUGCAUGGUUCCGAGCACAUGAUAAACGCUUUCAGGUUAUACGAGCAGAGCAAUGAGGGUGCUGUCGUCGUGAACUUAUUCACAGCCGUUUCACCUUAUGUCACCAUGCAUGAUGAAAUUUGCAGUCUUGCCUUGGAAAAGAGAGUUUCCAUGGUGAUUAUCCCUUUCCACAAGCAAUGGAGUACAAGUACUGAAGUCGAAGAAUUGCCUAAGCCUAUCAGAUCAGUCAAUCAACAAAUCCUCCGAAACGCCCCAUGCUCGGUCGGGAUCUUGGUGGACCGUGGCACGUUGACUGGCACAAGUUCGAUGUCAAGUAAAACUAUAUACAGCAUCGGAAUGAUCUUCAUGGAAGGCCCCGAUGAUCGAGAAGCACUAGCGUACGUCAUGCGCAUGGGAGAACACCCCAACAUAAGCAUAACGGUCACCCGUUUGGUGGAUUCCAACAAGAAAAAGAAAGAAGCAGGAGACGGCUGCCAUGACACGGAACAAGAUGACCGCAUCGUCAACGACUUCAGGAUCGCGCAUGUGGGAAAAAAACACCACGUGUACAAGGAGGAAUUUGUGUCCGACAGCGUGGAAACAGUCGGGGUCAUCCGUUCCAUGGAGAACUCUUAUGACCUUCUCUUGGUGGGAAGACGCCACGACACCGAGUCUCCAUUGUUCAUGGGACUCACCGAGUGGAAUGAGUUUCCAGAGCUAGGAUUCGUCGGGGACAUGUUAGCAUCAGCAGACUCCGGCUGCGAAGUCUCGGUGCUGGUGGUGCAACAACAAACACUGCCGGGGACCGGCAGAAGGAACGGCGGCACCUCGAACAACUCGAUGGACCAGGAUUCAUGCACAGUUGUAGAUAUACCCCGCAAGUAUAGUAGAGUUUGGCCAUCGUCUUAAUUAGAAAUUAAUCACAAACAAUAUUUGCAAAA